AGGGAAGGUGUAGAUGACAAGUGUCCCUAUGCUCGGGAUAAGAGGAAUGAGCAUAAAGUGAACUGUAUGUGUUUUGUUAAGAAUUUAGAUAUGGUUUCUGAGCAGAAUAAUUUAAUCGACCAAGAGCAGAUUAUUAACACGAGAAAAGAAACCUGGGACAGUCUUUUCUUAUUCCCUUACCAAGAAACCAAGCAAAAGUUUACGGAGUAUUGCCAAGGGCUUAAUAAUCAGGUGGCAGGCUUAAUUGAGAGUUAUCGAGCUUAUUUUACGGAGGUAGAAUUUAGGCAAGUGGAAGGGUUUAAGGAUUUAUUAAGGCAAUUAAAUACCCAGCCUAUGUUUUUAACUGAUAGGGAGGACGAAUUAUUUGCUUCGGAUAGUGAAAAGAUGCUGGAAGGUCGGAUAAAUUAUGGUUUAGCCAUGCGGUUUUUUUGGAAAUGGACUAAUCUGGUCGCCAAGAAUGGAGUUCAAGCGGAAGAAUGA